UUCGCUUUUUGACGGUGAACUUCAUUUCUAAAUUUAUUCUGCGUUUCGGAAUUGUCAAGGAGGAACCAAAAAUCGCAUGGCUACAAGGCGAGACCGGAUUGACGAUUCCGUUUUGGAAAAACCAAAUCGACUCGCGGAUUGGCAUCCUUCGUCGUGAACACGUGCUCUUUUACAUCGUCACAGAAAGUCACAUCCAAGGUCAUGUCUUGAAAGAAACAAUAGCAACAGAUGGUGUACAAAAAUAGGAAGCGGCAGUUUAGGAUCGAGACGUCAUAUGGAGCAAUGAUUUCGGUGGCGAGGGUCUUCGUUCUUUUUAUGAGUGGCAGUCGAGCUGUUACGGAAACACACGAUCGGACGCGUUGUUCCAGUACCCUCCGGAAGGAUGAGUUUGAUUGGGAUGCCUGGCAAAUUGGCACCGGGAAGCCGUACGCUGCUGUCGUCGAAAGCAACGGCAAACGUGACGCUUCCUUCCUCGAUGGAACCUGUUUUGCCGACCGUGGUUGGAACAUCUUGCCGUCCAUUGCCACCUUACGGUCUAUCAAGGUCGAAUCACCCAAAGGUGAGGCAAGUGUCGUUGAUGCAACAACCCUUCACGUCGAUGGACAUUCCGUUCGUGGUCGCAUGGCACUGCUACGCUAUCUCAUCGAGGAAUGGGAAGAUUCGUUGUUUUUCCCUAAGCUCAAUCUUCAGCCGGACGUCGCCAUUUGGGGAUCCAGUGGGUCGACCAACGAGUAUCACUGGUUGUGGGCGUACGGCGCCCAACUUGACUGGCAGCAGCGCUCAGGCCGAUUGGCGAUCGGUAAAGACGAACCGGAUGAUGGCGAUCAUAUUUCGGUACGUUCCUGGUGGGGCUACAUGAACUACUGUUUCUCCGUGGCCGUCCUCCUGGGCGCCAUCGAAGCCACCAACAGCAUUCAAACAAUCGACGACGUCCAAGAAACAGCAGUAACUGUUGAAUUAGAUGCGGAUAGUCAACGAUUGAUGGAAGAAGACUAUGCCGUUCGGGAUUGUGUCACAUACUGGCGCGACUUUUUCCAAUGCGAGUAUCCCAACUAUCAAACGCGAAUACGCGACGCCACGAAGCAGUUGGACGAGAAGCCCAUAACUACCAAUAACAUCAAGGAAGAAGACUUCCAACGGCUACGCUUUGAAUUUCAAAAAGAAGUGUGGAAGGUACAUACGAAAGUGAUCGAGCGCGCGGCUUCUUCCGCAAGGUCCAAACAGCUUUUGAAUGUUUUGCCCAAAGCAGAGCAGCAAUUUGGACUUGGCUGGUCGCGUAUGGUGGAUAUAUUGGCAGCGUCCGUCUUUCCGACCGAUUUGGUGACCUUGAUCGAGGACGGAAGCGGCUUUCUGCCUUACAAUAUUACUAUGACCACGGCCCUUGGGCAAAACACUCCUAAGGUUGUGAUUGAAAACCCUGCGAGCUACCGAGAUCCCCAUACACGGAGAAACUUAGUGGCACAGUCGCAACAGCGUUCGAUUGACACGACGCAUCAAUUGGUGCUUUUACCCGACUGGGCUUUGUCCACAAUGGUACACUUCUGGAGUCGCGUUGUGCGUCAGCCAUGGAUCAGUCGGGAAAUGCCUGCUCGAGUCAAUCGUUUGGUCCACGGAUCAGUGAAGGUCAAACUAAAAGAGCUUUUCAGGGUGUUAGUUCUUUUCGUCAAGCCAAAAAUCUAAGAAAUAGUUCACACCAUUUCAAGG